GUGCGAUUUGUUGGUGUUUUUCGGUGGUUUUGUGUCCUUUUCUAUUAGUUAUACAUACUUUUACAUUAACGGAACAUCGAGAAUGAUAUUCAUUUAAUGUGAUUCCCUUAUGAAACGUUGUUUUCAUACCAUUUAAAUGUUCAGUGACGUGCUUAGAGCUCAUAUAACUGGCUUAUAAUAUAAUCGUUCCUCAUUGUGUGUGUUUUCCGGUCGUCGCGUCGGUGGCGUGGUAUGGAACCAGUAGCGUAGGUAGCUGGUAGCGGACAAAUCAAUUAUGAAAGAAAUUUAUGCAAAGAGCUGGUAACGUCGCAAGUGACGUUCUGCUCAAUCUGGCAACCAUGAUGCAUCAAGAAAAAAUGGCGGUUGGACACAGACAAAAGUCAACCGUGUUGCCCUAUGGAUAGCACGGGACUGUACAUUCUCCAGUGUUUUUGUGCGUGUACUAAAAAGUGAGGUUAAGUAAACUAGCCGAGCCGUUCAAAACAAAGUGUUUUUUGUACAAUAUAAAUAAAUGAGUUUUAUUUAACAAUUCAUCUAAACUGAAAUGGGGCAUACAUCAAAUCUGAACGCUUUUUUAAACCUGCAUAAAGACCAAUUAAGCUCCUCCGGUGUACCGGUGCAUUAUUGGAGCUCUUUGUAUCAAAAACUUGUAAACCAAAUAUUCGAUGCUGGGACUGUUUUUCAAAUUUUGAAGGUAGACAGUGAAAAUAGAGAAGAAUAUGAGCCCUUAUGGGUGCUUCGAGCUUUAAAGGAUGUAGACAAAUCAGAUGGAAAGCAUAUUUAUCUUAUUGAUCAUGCUUGGACAUUCAGACCAGAAGAAAUUAAACUGCAGCUCUUAGAGUGUGGUGGAGCACUCAACCUUCUAUGAAUAUUUUAUGACAAGCCUCUCAUUUAUCCAAAUGAACAUAUUUUUUAUUUCUCAGAACAGCAGUUUAAAAAAUAGGAUGAGCAUCUUGUUUGACCUUGAUGAUAAUCUAUCUGAAGAUGAAUUAAUCGAAAACAUUUUUAAUAAUAUUUGGAAGUUAGCAAAUCACUAUUCAGUGGGAAAUGCUGAAAAUGUAGAAAAACAACUUCCAAUAUGGUAUAUAAUAGAUGAAGUUGGUUCUUCAGUAAUGCAUAGUAACAAUCCAAAUUGUAGAAUUGUUCCAUUUUUCUACAUGAACGAUCAAAUCACAUAUUCAUUGCUAUUUCCCAUAGAGGAUAUAGAAGAAGAUGAAUUCCUAACCAGAGACUUUGCUGAAGGUAUUACUGACUCUUCAAGAAGGCAUGUAAAAUACUAGUAUUUUUUGUUCAGUAUAUCUGCAAUUUUGUUGCCUUGGGUAGCCACAUCAUUUGAACACAUAAGUUAUAUUCCAGAUAUGCCAUAUCCAGAUUACUUUCUCGAAGGUCAUAUCAAGGAAAGUCUGCCCAAAAUAUCUGGUAAAGAAAUUUCCAAGAGAGAUGUCUACAAAGUUUAUACACAGUAUGACUUGGUGAGGCAGUAUUUGACUGACCAGAGGUUUAUUUUAGUUGAUACUGAACUGGAAGCUGACAUAUUGUGGUAUACAAAACACUUCAAAGAUUUUGAAGAGCUGAGCAUUGAUUUUCCUGGAAAAUAUGUAAAUCAGUUUCCAUUUGAAUAUGUAAUCACAGUUAAGGAUCUGUUGUGCAUAACUUGCAGAAGGAACCAGAGUUCAUUGAGGUGGUUACCAACAUCAUAUAAUUUAGUAACAGAAAUACGAAAUUUUGUUAGUUAUUACCAAUAUAGAAAUAAAAAUGGCAUGGGGAAUUACUGGAUUGUUAAGCCCUAUAAUUUAGCAAGAGGAUUGGAUAUCCACAUAACAAAUAACUUGAGCUAUAUACUGAAGUUAUCACUUACAGGCCCGAAGAUUGCACAGAAAUACAUUUCAAACCCUGUGCUGUUCUAUAGACCUGAAUGUAAUGGAAAAGUGAAAUUCGAUAUCAGAUAUAUACUUUUGUUGAAGAGUAUAAAACCGAUAGACGCCUACGUCUACAAAAAAUUCUUUUUGAGAUUCGCAAACAAACCUUUUGAAAUGAGGGAUUUUGAAGAAUAUGAGAAGCAUUACACUGUAAUGAAUUACACUGAAAAUGCUACUUUGAAACAUCUAAAAUGCGAAGAUUUUUUGUUAGAAUGGUCUAAACAGUAUCCAGAUCAUGAAUGGAAAGAUAUUGAAUCGAAGAUCACCGAAAUGCUGAAAGACAUAUUGGUAUCAGCUAGCAGCGCGGAACCUCCAUGUGGCUUUGGCGAAAAUCCUCAGUCUAGAGCUUUAUACGCUGCAGAUAUAAUGCUAGAAAUCGAUGAAAAAGGAGAUUUUAAUCCACGGAUAUUAGAAAUUAAUUUUACUCCGGAUUGCCAACGAGCUUGUGAAUAUUACGAAGAUUUUUACAACGAUAUUUUUAAUUUGUUCUUCUUGGAUAACAAUUGUAAUGCGUUUUUAUCACUAAAUAAAUAAUCGUUAGGUUUACA